AUGGAAACCUUUACAGCAACAAUGCAAGAUCUACGUGGAGCAAACAUGCAAUCGCCGUUACCAGCUGGUGAACUUCAGGGACAAAACGAACAAAGGCGACAGAGGAAGGUGCAGCAACGCGAAGAAAACUCACAGAAGCAGUUGACAGAGAUGCCACGACAGCAGGAAAACUUGCAAAGGCAGUUACAGGAAAUGCAGCAACGCGAAGAAAACUCACAAAGGCAGUUGAGAGAGAUGCAGCAACGAGAAGGAAAUUCACAAAGGCAGUUGACAGAGACGCAGCGACAGCAGGAAGACUUGCAAAGGCAGUUACAGGAAAUGCAGCAACGCGAAGAAAACUCGCAAAGGCAGUUGAGAGAGAUUCAACGAUGCGAACAAAACUCACAAAGGAACUUAAGAGAGGUUCAGCAACGCGAAGAAAAUUCGCAAAGGCGGUUGACUGAAAUGCGGCAACGAUUAGAGAACUCCCAGCAACAGGUGUCCACCUUAGAGAGACAACUGAGAGGCAAAGAUCAGGAAGUAAAUGAACUAGAGUUAAGUCUUUCAUUAGCCCAGCAAACAAUAAAUGAACAACGCCGACAGGAAACAUGCGACUGGGUCAUUUCCCGCAAUGAAAUUUUUAUGACAGAGAAUUGCCUAGGGAGGGGAGGCUGGGGAAGUGUCAAUGAAGGCACCUACUGUGGCUGUACUGUAGCAGUGAAGCAAAUCCAUGACCUGAUUCUGUCUCCUCACAACAGGCUUCUAUUUGAAAGAGAAAUGAAUAUUGCUUCGGCUUGCCGCCAUCCCUGUUUGCUGCAGUUUAUUGGCGCCACAAAUGACGAGGGAACUCCUCUGUUUGUGACCGAGCUCAUGGAGAUGAGCUUGCGAGCUUUAUUGGCACAGCGGCAACUUUCCGAAACAGAAAUAACUGUAAUUUCUUUGGAUGUAGCUCGUGCGCUGAACUACCUUCAUCAGAAGAAACCACAUCCCAUCAUUCACCGGGACGUUAGCAGUGCCAAUGUGUUGCUAUGGCGACAAGGUGAUCAAUGGAGAGGCAAAGUGUCAGAUUACGGCACGGCUAAUUUCAUGCAGCAGACCAUGACAGUCGCUCCUGGAGCUAUGAUUUAUAGCUCACCUGAAGCAUUAACACCAAACCAAACAGUGAAGGUUGGUUAUUACUGAUUUUAGGGCCCAGCUUUCAGUUUUAUAAGCAUAUAACACGGUGUGUGCGAGCGUGACCUGCGGAGUUUGAGUGAACGUUUUUGAGGCGCAAUGUCACUGAGCCAUUCAGAAAGUACUUUAUGUUUAGAAGGUUCUUCAGUUGAAAUCGUCUCUUAGCAUCAGAGCAAGAAAGGUGGAUCAAAAUGUAGAUUUCUCAAACGUAAACUCAAUUUUCCUUCCUAAUUUUUUUAGGUGGAUGUUUAUAGCUGUGGUGUCUUAUUGUGCGAAAUGUGCAUUCGGGAACUCCCAAAUCCUGAAAAGCGUGCUGAGCAAGUUUUGUUGAUGACGAGCCGCGUGUUAAGAAGCCUGGUACGGCGAUGCCUGCAGACAGACCCUGAAGCGAGACCAACCAUGCAGGGGAUAAUCGAUGAAUUAUCCGGAGCUGUGUAA